AAUUUGUAUAUAGACCUCAUCGCGAACGCGUCGCGUUUUUGAGGUGGCCCCCACUAGGGUGGCCCCUGUAAGGGUGCUUUGACUUAGUACCUACCUAGUUCUGCAACACCCACAAUGGCACCUUCAUGCAUCCAGGACGCAUCCACCAUUGGCAAGAAGCCUCCUCAUCUCCUUUGCUCCAGUUCUAUAGACAGAAACGUAGACGUUGCUGUUGCCCAGCCCCAACGUCCCGCGCGUCCCUCUACCGUUGUCUACCUGAGACCUGUUAAAGAGGAGACCGACUGGGACAAUACCGAUGAUGAUGAUAACAGCAAUCAUAAUUUGGAGGAAUCCCCUUGCCAGAAAUUACAGCGCAAAGAUGUACAGAACAAUACCAAAAUCAAACCGGGCAGCACUCAAGAGCAAACUGGAUCCGUCAAUCAGCUAUCUCGCAAGUCUUCGCGCAUCCAGAAAAAGGCCGUUUUGAACGUGGCGAGAGGCGGCACUAAGCCUGUUCGUAGGGCCACCGGAAAGCUGUCGGUCGUCCUUGGAAUUGCACCCAAGGCCAAGAAGGAGUAUUCGCAAGGUUCUCGACGAUCUACCCGGGUUGCUGCAGCCGCCGCUACUUCCCGCAUCGCGGAGACGAGUAGCAAGAAAUCUAAGGUCGCUUCCGAAAAGCCUGCUGUCCUGAAGCCAAAGUUCGAGGGCGUCUCCCGCCGUGGCCGGACCUCAGGUACUAAGGCCAAGGCUGAAGCCGCCAAUAAGGAGUGGCAGGUCGAUAAGAUUGUGGGCAUCCGAAAGACCAAGACUCGAGGGACCGAAUACCUCGUUAAAUGGGCUGGCUUCCCUGAUGGUGAAAACACCUGGGAGCCCGAUGGAAACCUAGACCACUGUCGCCGCAAAGUUGCCCAGUUCAACGCAACGCUUCCCCGCAAGAAAUAAUCCGAACGUGAUGCUUACGAUUCAAACUGAGCGCCUUGCGAACGUAAUAGUUCGAAAUUGCUGGAUCUAGGCGUUGGAUGAGACGGAGUUUGCUGGCGGCUUUCUUGGAAGAACAGGUUCUCGCUUAAUAUUUUCAAGAAGCUUAGGCUUCCUGUGCUUUCCCAGCUAUUUUGAUAUUUCUUCUGUACGAUGUAGUUGUCAGGGACAGUAAAUAAUCGCGGUGCUCUUCUCGCAUUUGCCUUCGAUAGUUGAUAGGCCAUAAGCCUGAGAGCCAGAUGAAAUAUGAAUCUUUCUUCCCUUCCUCUACUCUUCGACAUCUUAUCUUUAUAUCUCUAAGUUCCUUUGAUGUGCAUAUGUCUUUAUCAAUACUACUUUAUUGAACCAAGUAUUCAUAAUUUCAUCUAGUUAGUAUUGCUUGAUUCUUCAUCUUUUUUGACUACCGUUUCUCCAUCACCUACUUAACUCUAAAC